AGAGAGAGGGAGAGAGAGAGAGAGGAAGAGAGAGAGAGAGAGAGAGGAAGAGAUUAAUAUGACAGACCACUGAUUUAGAUGUGUGUGUGUGUGUGUGUGUAAAUAUUAGAUGUGCAGGUGUGAUGUGUGGUUCCUCUUGUAGUGUCUGUGUAUGUUAUUGUUGACCCUGCACGUGUGUAUCUAGUGCCCUAGAUCAGUAGUGUACAGGAAGUGAGCAGGAGGUAAUUGGAACACAGCCGCAGUCUGUCUGGUGAAGGAGACAAAACUGUAUACUGAUACCUACAGACUCUCCCACAGGAUUAGUGUCUGGUUCUGGCGUUCCCGGAAGUCAUAUGAAGCCCCGCCCCCUCGGAAUCCCUUGUUUCCAUGGUUACGAACGGUCGUACUUCCUGUUACCCUCAGUAGGCGGCGCUGAGCAGCAGGAUAACGGAGCUAACAGUGCUAACAGUGCUAACGGAGCGGCUGAGGGAGCGGAUCUCGGAGCUCAGAGCCCGGAGCAGGUCCAAAACUCGGUUCCGUUUUCUUCUGCCUGUCAGUUUAUCCGGAGUUUUAGUGACUUUAUGAUGAGAAGAUGGUGGUGAAAGCGAGAAAAGCAGGAGCCAAGGAGCAGAAUGAGAGGAGUGAAGGGAGGACCAGGAGAGGGAGAGACGGAAAGAGCGCGCAGCUGCACGGAAAAAACUCCGCCAUCACCCGCCACAAACUCGGCCUGAGCUCAGCAACCACCACCGCGCAGAGUCCCGCUCCUGUCCCGCUCCUCACAGCGCUCCUCAUCUGCGCUCUCGCUCUCACUGCAGGAUUUCUUCACUGGUACCACCUCUCGGAGCUGUUCGAGAACGACCGCCACUUCUCCCACAUGUCCUCUCUGGAGAAGGAGAUGGCCUUCAGGACUGAAAUGGGUCUGUAUUACUCCUACUUUAAGAGCAUCAUCGAGGCUCCGUCCUUCCUGAACGGCCUCGGCCUGAUCAUGAACGACCGACUCACUGAGUAUCCACUGGUCAUCAACACCCUGAAGAGGUUUAACCUGUACCCUGAGGUGGUGUUGGCCAGCUGGUACCGUGUUUAUUCCACCGCUAUGGAGUUUUUCAGGAUCCCCACUAAAAUGUGCUGGACCAUCAACAGAGGAGAAGAUCUGGAUCCUGUGGAGAGCUGUGAAGGUAUGGGAGAUCCUGCGUACUUCUAUGUGACUUUUGUUUUCCUCUUAAACGGAGCCAUGAUGAGCGUUUUUUACAUCUACGGGACGUACCUGAGUGGCAGUAAGAUGGGUGGAGCUCUCACCGUGCUGUCCUUCUUCUUUAACCAUGGAGAGAGUACGCGGGUGAUGUGGACUCCUCCCCUCAGAGAGAGUUUCUCCUAUCCCUUCCUGGUUCUUCAGAUGCUCCUCCUCACACACAUCCUCAGGACAAGGAACCCGAGCAGGAACAGCAUGGUGGCACUGGGCGUCUCCACCGUCAUGUUCAUGUUGCCAUGGCAAUUUGCUCAGUUUGUCUUACUCACACAAGUGGCGUCUCUGUUUGCGUCCUACAUCCUGGGUUACCUGAGUCCCGCUAAGAUGCAGGCUCUGCUGCUCACACACAUGGUGUCUCUGGGUGUGUGUUUCAUCCUAAUGUUUGGCAACUCCAUGUUACUGACGUCUUUCUACGCCUCCUCCCUCAUCUCAAUCUGGGCUGUAGUUGCUCUGAGGAAUCAGUUUUCCCGUGUAUUUACAGCUGGAGUCCUCAAAUGGGUGAUGCAGUGUGUGAUGUGGGGUGGGACUACAGUGGUCCUGAAGUUCCUGUUAGCGCUGGUAUUCGGGGCGUCGGAUGAUGCCCACAUCAGCAGUCUGAUCAAAUCCAAGUUCACCAGCUACAAGGACUUUGAUACGAUGAUGUACACCUGCGCAGCCGAGUUUGACUUCAUGGAGGUGGAGACGGUUCUGCGCUACAUUAAAACCCUGCUGCUGCCUGUGAACCUGCUGGUGGUUGGUGUUAUUGCUGUGAAGAUCAUAAAGGAUGUGAUGAUGUUCUUCAGACACCGGGGCAGGGACGAGAACGACGACGAAGAUGAUCACACAGAGAAGUUGCAGAAGGCGGUGCUGGUGUAUCACACACUGCAGUUAGUAGCCUUUGCUGUUCUGGCUGUUCUCAUCAUGAGGCUGAAACUGUUCCUCACACCUCACAUGUGCCUGAUGACGUCACUGCUGUGCUCCAGACAGCUGUUUGGCUGGGUGGGGGAGAAAGUGAAGCAGAACACUGCAGUGUUUAUUAUCCUAUCCAUCAUGGUGGUUCAGGGGGCCAACCUGCAGCAGCAGUGGAGCAUCAUGGGAGAAUUCAGCAACCUGCCACAGGAAGACAUGCUGGAGUGGAUCAAAGUGAACACACCACAGAAUGCAGUGUUUGCUGGUGCAAUGCCCACCAUGGCGAGUGUGAAGCUGUCAGCAGGCAGAGCCAUCGUUAAUCACCCGCAUUAUGAAGACGCAGGACUUAGGAAGAGGACGAAGCUUGUUUAUUCCAUGUACAGUCGGAAAUCACCCGAGGAGGUGAAGAGGAACCUGAUGAGUCUGCAAGUGGAUUAUUUCAUCCUUGAGGACUCGUGGUGCACCAGACGCACCAGGCCGGGCUGCAGUAUGCCAGAGAUCUGGGAUGUGGAGGAUGCAGUGAAUGUGGGGAAAACUCCGGUGUGUGCGCUGCUGAGUCGAGAUGCUCGUCCUCACUUCAGCACCGUCUUCCACAACAACGUCUACAAAGUUCUCCGAGUCCCCAAAACAGCUACACACACCAGAUAACCACACGAUUCUGUGUGUGUGUGUGUGUGUGUGUGUGUGUGUUUAAAUGUAGCUGAGGUUUAUCUAAAAAUUGUUCUUGGCCAAAACCCACAUAUGAAAACCUACGUGUGUGUGUGUGUGUGUGUGUGUGUGUGACUUCGCGCUGAGGAUUUAUUCAUGAGGAGCGUUGUUGUUGUUGUUGUUGUUGAUCAGAUUGUUAUCUUCAGGAGGAAUCCUACAGGAGAAAGUGUUAAUUGCAGUGGCACUGCAGGCUGUGGAGAGAUCACACAGGCUUGUUCACACAGCGUUUGUUUUUACUCGUGUUUUCUUCACCCUGAAGUCCUGACAGGGAAAAGUGACUUUUCUGCAGCAGUUUAUCAGAUAAAACAUUUCUUGUUAAUUUCUUGUUGUACGGAAGUCUGUUGCUGCUGCUUCCUGUUUCACAACUGUUCAGUAACUGUUCAGUAUUCCAUCUCUCCUCACCUCCUGUCUGUGCUGCAGCUCUCCGAGUCUUCAAGGAGAUGUUGGAGGUCUGUAAGAUACAGGAUGGCUGUUCCACACCAGCUUCUCCAGAUGUAGCUCAAAUUACCCAUGAUGCACUGUGAUUAAAAAAGCACGUUUCAUCCCCCAGCUCGAGUGUUUUCACUCUUCAUCCCACGACGAUUCUGCAGAUCAGAGUUUUUUAUUCUGACAGUAAAAGAAAUGAACUGGAGAUCAGUGUGUGGAAUAAAAGAGAACGUGAGGAACGUGAGGAACGUGACAACACUAUUUUAUGAAUAAAGUGAUUUGUAAUUUUGCA